AGAGGUUUUUUUUUUUUUAGAUUCCAUCCUGCUCAUAAACACUGCCACCUCCUCCCUCCUUCUCUCUUUACAAAUGUUACAACACAAUCAGAAAUUUCCUCUUUUCUUUCCUUCCUGCAUUUUCAGCAGGUUCCCUUGCGUCAGAAGCCGAGGAGGAAAACUCAAGGUUUUCUCACGAUGAGUCGGAGGAGGAUAUCGUGUAAAGAUCUGGGCCAUGCUGACUGCCAAGGGUGGCUGUAUAAGAAAAAGGAAAAGGGAAGUUUCCUAAGCAACAAAUGGAAAAAGUUCUGGGUGAUACUGAAGGGGUCGUCACUGUACUGGUAUAGCAAUCAAAUGGCAGAGAAAGCUGAUGGAUUUGUCAACCUGCCUGAUUUCACUGUGGAAAGAGCAUCCGAAUGCAAGAAAAAGCAUGCUUUUAAGAUCAGCCAUCCACAGAUCAAGACCUUUUAUUUUGCAGCUGAGAAUGUGCAGGAAAUGAAUGUGUGGUUAAAUAAACUUGGAUUGGCUGUAAUCCAUCAGGAAUCCACUACAAAGGAUGAAGAAUGCUACAGUGAAAGUGAACAGGAAGAUCCUGAAAUAGCUGCAGAGACACCACCCCCUCCUCACGCUUCCCAGACUCAGAAUUCGGCUGCACAGCAGGCAUCUUCAUCCUCACCCAGCCUGAGUGGAAUAUCGUGUUCUUUCUCUUCCCUGGAAAAUACAAUGAAGACACCCAGCAGUUUUCCUUCCUCCUUAUCUAAAGAGAGACAAUCCUUGCCCGACACAGUUAACAGUUCGCCUGCUGCUGAAGAUGAGGGACAACCAAUAACGUUUGCUGUACAAGUUCAUUCACCUGCACCCUCAGAGGCAGGCAGCCACAAGGCCCCGGAAAACAGCUUUGUCACAUCAGAAAGUGGAUUUUUGAACUCUUUAUCUAGUGAUGAUACUUCUUCAUUAAGUAGCAAUCAUGACCAUCUUACUGUCCCGGAUAAGCCUGCUGGAUCAAAGAUCAUGGACAAAGGUAAACCAAGAAAUUCUUUUUUCUUCGUUAGAGAGUGAGUAUUUGUGUGUGUAUGGAACUCUGAUAUUAAUUUGUAACAACAAUGGUUAAACUCAUGCACGAUGAUUCAAUAAUUAGUCAAGUGGGGCUAUGCCCAGAGAUUGCUUUGUAGAGGAGUUUGCAUGUGGACAACUCCAGCUACUAGGUCACUAAUUACUUGCUAUAAGUGUCACUAACCAACUGCUUCAGAACUCUAAGACAUGUGAUCAUAAAAUAAUGAUACUUUUCCA